AUGGCCAGCGGCAGCCCCGCCGGGAUGGCCAGCGGGCAGCCACCCUUCCUGCAGCCCGCCUGCUUCUUCGCCGCCGCCGUGGCCGCCGCCGCCGCCGCCGGUCCGCCGGGGCCGCCCCCGGGGGCGCCGCCGCCGCCGCUCCCGCAGCUGAGCCCGGCGGGCGGGCGGCCGUCUCCCGGCGGGAAGCCCUCCGCGGCACGGGCCGCAAAGCGGCAGCGCUCGGCCUCGCCGGAGCUGAUGCGUUGCAAGAGGCGGCUCAACUUCAGCGGUUUCGGCUACAGCCUCCCGCAGCAGCAGCCCGCCGCCGUAGCGCGGCGCAACGAGCGGGAGCGCAACCGCGUCAAGCUGGUGAACUUGGGCUUCGCCACGCUUCGCGAGCACGUCCCCAACGGCGCGGCCAACAAGAAGAUGAGCAAAGUGGAGACGCUGCGCUCCGCCGUCGAGUACAUUCGAGCCCUGCAGCAGCUGCUCGACGAGCACGACGCCGUCAGCGCCGCCUUCCAGGCCGGCGUGCUGUCUCCCACCAUCUCGCCCGGUUACUCCCACGACAUGAACUCCAUGGCGGGUUCCCCCGUCUCCUCCUACUCCUCCGACGAGGGUUCCUACGACCCGCUCAGCCCCGAGGAGCAGGAGCUGCUGGACUUCACCAGCUGGUUCUGAGCCGGCCCCGGACGCUCGCGAAAGGGGAGAUAAGCGCCUCUCCCGCAGCCACGCUCGCAGAGCACCCCGCCGCCGGCCCACCACCAACUGUUGCGUUUUCCUCUCCCCCGCCGUCGGAGGGCGGUGCGGGCACGGCUCUCGGCGGGCGGCUGCGUCCCCGCGGGGCGGGCGGGGCGGCCACCCUCAGUCCGGAGUCCCGAACCCCUUUCUGUGCCCCGCGGUGGCCCCGAGGAGCCCUUUCCCUGCUGCCUGUCUACUCCGUGCGGCCGCUCCGCGCUUUCUGGACCACGUUUCCCGGUGUUUGUGGAGAUGUCGAGAUGAAGCUAUGCUGUACUCAAAGAACCCCCCCCUCCUUCCCGACCCGUUCCAGAGUCUCCUUCCGUCUGACCUUUUUUUUUUUUUUUUUUUGUCAUAAAAUGCUUCCAAUUUUUUUUUUUUUUUAAUUAUUUUGGUGAAUUUUUUUAUUAUAAGAAAAUCUAUUUGUAUCCUCCCUGACCAGUUUGGGGAUAUAUUAAGCUAUUUUUGUACAUAAGAGAGAGAGAGAUUUAUAGAGGUUUUGUACAAAUGGUUUAAAAUGUGUAUAUCUUGAUACGUUUUUUAAUACACGAUGCUUUUACCUCUCGGUGUGUAGACAUGCGGUCGGCGUUACUUUCCCGCUGCCAUCUCGGUCCGUGCUUUUGUCGAGGCCUUGGACUCCCUCCAGCUGUACUUUAGCACCGACGUGUCUUACUUUAUAGAAACUUUGUUAAUGUAUUAAUAACGUUAUUAAACUGUGUUCCGAGGGAACGACGUUUAUGCAGCUAUUGUCCAAACGCAGAAGGGCGGCCGUCUGUUUUUGUAUGCUGCCUUUUGGGGGAAAAAAAAAACAAAAACAAAAAACAAGUGAUAAUACUACAAGUAAGGAAACAACCGGCCCUGCUGGCACUGCCUUUUUCGUAUUGCUCUAUGACAAGCUCACCAGGCCCUGUAUAACCCUGUUUUAUACAAACUAGUUUCGUAAUAAAACUUUUUUUAAUUGAAACGCUCGGCUGCCUGCUGCACGUACUUGUGUUUUGCCACUGACAACAGUGAAUGUAAGGAUGAAAUGUUGAA